UGAUAACCUCGUAUGUCCGUUCAUUCAUACGUGUUAUGCUAUAAACAGCGAAAUAACUGGUUAAUGUAAGGACUAUAUUAGUUCUACAUGAUAGAAUGGGCUAUGAUGAAAUUCCACAGCAUCCAUUAGGAAGACUUCGACCAAUGAGAGAGAACUAUGAAAUGAGAAUGAACACUUUUCAACAAUGGUCCAAUCCGAAUGUAUCCCCAAAGGAACUGUGUGACGAUGGAUUUUAUUACAUGGGAUCACCUGAUAAAGUGCAAUGUGUAUUUUGUGGGGUUGUUCUGAGUGGAUGGAGACCUGGCGAUGACGUUCAUAAACUGCAUGCUGUUAAUUUUGGACAAUGUCGGAAAGUUUGCAAGUUUGCAAAUUAUGAAGAAAGACUUGCUUCAUUUCAAAAUUGGCCACCGAAUCUACCACUCUGUCCAAUUGACCUAGCUUCGGCUGGAUUGUAUUAUACAGGCAAACGUGACAUAUGUAAAUGUUUCAUGUGUGAUGGGUGUGUCUUUGAUUGGGAAGCUGGUGAUGUACCAUCAAAAGAACAUACGAGAAUAUUUCCGGACUGUCCACUUAGUCAAAUAAUGGCCUAACCGGACAUGCCUUUUUAACAAUCAUAGGAAACGACGUUUCAGCUUUUAUCAUUGUUGCAAUCUAGUUUAUUCGGCUUUUAUCAAUUUUAUUUAUUUUACUUUUUCUCAUUGUGUUUAAUUAUGAAAUACUUAUAUUAAAAAAGUUGUAGCAACUGAAAGGUCGAAAUAACGGAAGCGUAUUAGGGCCAUCUUUUUUCUAUUUUUUUUUCAAAUUGUCCACUUUAAUCUUAAGAUUAUCAACUUUUAAAUUGGGAUGUCCAACUGCAGUCUUGAAAUUAUCAACUCUUGAGAGUAUCAACCUAAAUCGUGGAAUUAUCAUCUGUAAUCUUGUAAUUAUCAACAUCAAUCUUUGAAUUAUCAACUUUAAUCUUCAAAAGACUAAAUUAAAUGUAAAGAUAUCAUAAAUCUUUACUUCUUUGAAUUAUGGUCUUUAUGAUUCGCAAUGCACAUUUUAACAAGUAAGGUAUUUGCAUAUUCAAGAAAGACAAUCAUGUCAUUCUGUGUACAGUGAACAAAUUGAAGUUUUACAUGACAAGUUGAAUUCAAAAAUGUCAGCGAUCCGUUUAUCAUACAUUUGUACAACAUUUUUAGUAAUUUACAAGCCAUCAAGCCACGUGUUGCAUAUUGUUGUUAUUAAUGAUUUUUUACAUCCUUGCUUUUUGAGGGAAAAACAAGAAUAUUAUGACAAAAAGUCAGACUUCUCAAGAUGUAUUCAAAGAUAAAGAAACAAAACUAAUAGUUCACGUGUUUCCCACGGUUUAGGUGUGUUAACGGGAUCUGUUUUUGCUACAUCCAAAUAUGACUAUUGAACAGCGGUAUACUACUGUGGCUUUUUUUCUUAUCAAUGUGUGAAGGGACAAUUAUUUUUUUAAGAGA